AUGAGCGACGAUUGGUCCGCGUCGGCUGUUCAGGCUCUGCAGAUUCGUCUCGCUCGUUCCAAGGCUCAGGCGGCGGACCUGUCGGAGGACGAGUGCUCCCUCGUCGACCCCUUCUCCCCAAUCUUCGUCUACCCGAUCUACGGCGAGGAGGAGACUAUCUUUGGCUACAAGGGCUUGACCAUCGAUUACCGCUUCGCCUCGGGCAGCCUCAACCAAUACCUCAACGUUUCCUGGGACGCCAAGUUCCCCGAGACUGCGACAGUCAAGGCCGAUGACCCCGAAAAGACUCUCUACGAGUUCAUCCCGCCAUCUUACACCAAAUCGCUCGAGACGUUCCAGGAAACGGUCGAGAAGGACGCUCUCGACUUCAAGCCGCUGGGCAAGCGAGUGGGCGCAUACCGGAUGAAGGGAGAGGACGAGCUGACCGGCGGCGGAAAAGGGAAGGGCAAGGCGAAGAGUCAAGGCGGACCUAUUCUUCCUGAGCGGUCCUGGGAGGCCAUCGACGAUUUUGACAAUGACGGCGAGGACGGCGUGCGAUACGAGGCGUACUGGACCAACUGGGACACGCCGGGCUUCAAGGAGUACCACCGCAAGAUGCAAAUCUUCGUGCUGCUCUUCAUCGAGGGUGCCUCAUACAUCGACGAGGAGGACGGCCGAUGGGAGUUCGUCACUUUGUUCGAGCGACGGAGGAAGGGCGACUCGACAUCGUAUCACUUCGUCGGCUUCGUUUCAUUCUACUCCUUCUUCUGCUGGCCGGAUACGAAGCGCCUUCGUCUCGCCCAAUUCGUCCUUCUUCCGCCCUGGCAAGGUCAAGGUCACGGCUCCGCGCUCUACUCGCUCUGCUACCGCAACAUCCUCUCGCGCGACGAGAUCAGCGAGCUCACUGUGGAGGACCCGUCUGAGGCGUUCGAAGACAUGCGCGACAAGUGCGACCUCUACACGCUCAUCUCCACAAAUGCGCUCGACGGCUUGAAAGCUCCCCUGGAUCGCCAAUUCACCGAGAUGGUGCGCACGAAAUACAAGCUGGCAGACCGACAAUUCUACCGGCUCGUCGAGAUGAUGCUCUUCCUGACGACGGACCCGAACGACGAGGCGCAGCAACGAGCGAUUCGGCUCACGGUCAAGAAGCGGCUGUACCUCUUCAACAAGGAGCAGCUGUUGCAGAUCGAGGACAAGGAGGAGCGCAAGGCGAAGCUGCAGGAGACGUUCGAGAGCGUCGAGGCGGACUACCAGCGCUUGACGGCCAAGUUCGUCUCGUAG